CCGGACCCUACUGCUGCAGCCAGAGAUCCGUACUCUCAAGACAGACCCGAGCAGCAGAGGACAGGGAGACGAGACACUCGGAGCAAGGGAAAGGUGGUAAGGAAAACCUGGGAUAUUUUUACAUUGACUUCCUAGACGUGGAAAUGAGGCGAGGUUCUGUUUGUUGGCGCUAACGAACUAGAAGGUAAUUAGUAAAAAAAGCAAUCCACAUUGUUUUGUAUUGGCUCCAGUGUUUUUUCAAGCAAGACACAUUUAUGUGAGGAGCUAGCGGAAUGUGUUGCUAGCAGGCUAGCUAACGUGAGCUGGCUAAUUAGCUUUUCAGCCAUCCCAAGAUUUGGGGGGUUUGUGUUCUUCGCUGAGAUAUACCUCCGUUAGAAAAAAAGGAAAAAACACAGGAAAAUGUCCACCGAGUUACCGGGUCCUGCUUAGACGUCCGACCCAGCCAAGAUGUCAUACUAUAGGGCGCACACUCAUAUCUAAGUAAUUUGGAGCUUAAUAAGCAUCUUCAACACCCGCACCACAUCAUAGGAACACCGGGCUCUAUUGUUGCUGUCGAGCCGGGAUACCUUCCAGUCCGAACGGAUAAAAAAACAAGACUUUCUGGUGGAGAGACUGUCUGCCCCUCCGAUGUUAAUGUCGACCGACGUUGCAUCUAUCAUACUGCCCGCUACCCGGGGGAUAAUGGACCUGGAAAGGGACAUUGACACCACAACCGGGCCGCAUGCGAUCGCGCCUGGGGGGCCGGCGACAGUGCGGGGGAUGAAGAGAGGAGACCCCGAACCCGACGCCCAGCCAACUGCAGUUCUGGUGGACCUCGCCGCGGCGGACUGCAAACGACCGCGGAUAGACGGGACCGGGGUCGCUGACGUUGGCCAGAACAACGAGCCUUUGAACCCUGGUCUCCAUGGUUACCCUGCUCAGAAUCAGGACUCCGCGGCGGCAGACAGCUCGGUAGCCGCUGCGCCCUUUCUGGCGUUCCCCCCCCCUCCUGCCCCCCCGCAGACGGCGCGGCAGGGCCCGAGUUCGUCUCCGGGGCGAUGUUCGUCCCCGGGGGGCCGGCCGAAGCAGGAGGCGCGGCGGCCCCGGGUGGCGCGCCCAUCGCUGCCGGGACCCUCUGCGUCAACAACAACAACAACAACAACAUCAACCUUUGACCUGUGGUGUGUCUGUGCAUGCCCGUGCUCUCAGCGUUGUCUACCAGCUCUGCGUUGGGUCUUCUGCGUUGACGUCUCGUCUGUUUGUCCGCAGGUGAACAACGCCACGGCCAGGGUGAUGACCAACAAGAAAACCGUCUCCCCGUACCCUAACGGAGAGGCGCUCAGCACCUUGCCUUAUGGUGAGCAGCUGAACCUAGCGGCUGCAGCUGCUGCGGGUUGGAAGCUGAGUCCUAUGAUGGGGGCGAUGUACGGACCGGAGAUCUACGCAGUUCCCGGCAUGUCGUACUCGUCGGCGGCGGUCGCGGCCUCCACCGCCGCCGCCUUCCGGGGGGCGCUGAGGGGGCGGCCGCGCCCCGUCUACAGCGCCGUGCGGGCCGCCAUGCCCCAGCCCGCCAUGCCCACCUACCCCGGAGGCCUGGUCUAUCAGGAUGGUAAUUUCUACGGCGCAGCUGAAUUAUACGGAGGCUAUCCGGCCGCCGCAGCAGCCGCCGCCGCCGCGUACCGCUACGCUCAGCCGACUGCGGUUGCCGGGGCAACGCCGGCGGCCUACAGUGACAGUUACGGCCGGGUGUACACGACGGACCCCUACCACGCACUCGGCCCCGCCGCCGCCGCCGCGUACGGAGUGGGGGCCAUGGCCAGCUUAUACCGGGCAGGAUACAGCCGCUUCGCUCCGUACUAAAGCCCCCACAGCCCCACCCACCCAUCCAACCACCCCACCCACCCUCCCUCCUCCUCCUCCCCCGACCCCCCCCCCUCCCAGAGGAAGGACCCCCCCCCCCCCCCCCCUGAUGGACGAUACUCCAAGUCUGCUUUUGUUUCAGUGUUUUUUUUUAUCUCGUUGUUUUUUGUGUCCCGGAACGAAAAAAAAAAAAACGGAACGGAAAAAAAAAACGAUCGACGAAAGACGGGAACGGAAGUCGUGCACUACGGGCCGGGAGGAGGAGCUACAACUGAACUACACAACCCCGCCGUCAACAGUACACUACGACUCCCUCGGCUGGACUGCAGUCUAACCCCCCCCCAAGGGGGGGGGGGGGGGGCAUCAAGGAGGAGCCACAGACACACUACGGUCCUGAAACGACCCCCUCCGCACGCCCCCAACACCCCAACGUCCGCACCAUUCAAGACCGGAAGCUAAAGACUGAUCUGCACUACCUCCUCCUCCCCCUCCCCCUCCUCCUCCCACUCCUCCUCCCCCCACUCCCUCUCCUCCUCCUCCUCCUCC